AAGCAUAGCAAAGUGUAAUAAAGCAUAGUGAAAGCAUGGCAAAGCACAGCACCAUACAGAGACAUCUGAUGAGAAACUCGGGUACCUUUAGAGACGGUCAGCGCAGCCACCUGCAGUUUCCAUGGAGACCCGGUAGCUACAAUGCGUCACAGUAGCAACCUGGGGGGCAGGUAGGCGCUUGAGCGGGACACGGCAGCAUCCGGGCAGCAUGGGGACUCGGAGGAACAGCCUGUUCCCGCCAGACCCGUACUACAUACCAGGGUAUGGCGGUUACUGUCCCCAGUUACUGUUCCAGUUCGGCCAUACCUAUGGGACCACGACCUUUAACCUUCUGACCAACCCCGAUGUCCGACACAGCGACAGAUCUGUCCUGGUGCCUCUCAAGAUAGCCGACUGCACGGGCCGUCUGAGCAACGUGACGCUACCGCCCUUAAUGAAGCCGAAGUCGGGGGAGACGAUACCCCCAGAGUCUGUGCCCCUCUCUCAGGAUCCGAAUGGCAGCCGCUUCUCCAUUAAGACGCCCAUGGCCCGGGAGAACUUCCAGAACCAGCGCCAGGAGCCGCUGAGCAGCUGGAACCGUCCCGACCCCAAGCGGGAUCACCACAGACACGAGACAUGGGAGGGGGCUGGAACCUCGUUCUUCAGCAGGUCUGCACCCCUGCACCCAGCUCCCCACCCCCCCACGUGGAGCUCACCUGGUUCUGACGAAUGGGACCCCCUGCCGUCGGCGCGGGACAAAGACACCCAAAGGAAAGUCAUCUCAGGUUACACAGGGUUCAUUCCCACAGUCCGCUGGAGCCUGGCAAAGAACUACUGCAGCGCAGUGCGAGAGGCCGGGAGCAACGAGGAGUGUAAUCAGUACCUCCUACGAAACCCUGGCAGAGCACAGGAAGAAAAAACGAGGUCCCCAGUCAAAGAGCUUUACAGAAGGAGCGGCAUGCUGCCUCGCUACACUGGCUUCAUCCCAGGUGUAAGAUACAAGCAUGGUUUAACCUUUGGCCAGAGUUCAAGAGAGUCAUACUGGGAUCAUCAUAAUCCUGACCAGUAAGCACCACUUGGGAAGAAAAGAGAGGCACACAAUCUGCUAUG